UGUCAGUCACUGCUUACACCGUAGCACAAUGUCUCAGAGGUUUAUACUCUUAUCAUAUCAUGACACUGCUGAAGAGGCAUCACCUGACGAAGGAACUUCUCUCUCUUAUAAUCGAAUUCACUAUGACACUGUUUCAGAUACAAGUUUCUGGAAAGCGAUAAUUGCUGAAUUCUUAGCCCUGGUUUUACUGGUGCCGCUUGGAGCCGGUUCAUCAGUACCCUGGCUUGAACCAAAUGCUCCAACAGUGGUGCAAAUAGCUCUUGCCAAUGGAUUUAUGAUUGCGACUUUACUCCACUGCUUCACUGCCGUGAGUGGAGCACAUGUAAAUCCUGCUGUCACUAUAUCAUUUGCGGUACAUCGACAGAUUAGCGUCUUGCGCUGUUUGCUCUACGUGGUUUUUCAAUGUGCGGGAGCGUGUCUCGGCGCCGUUAUUCUAAACGUCGUAACACCAGAAGAGGUCCAUGAAAGAGCUAAUGGUACCUUAGGAUGCACUAUUCUGGCACCUGAAGUAUCGGCUGGUCAAGGAUUCCUUCUGGAGUUCGUAAUUUCCUUCCAAUUGAUCUUGACAAUAUUUGUGGCCGUUGACGAAGGAAGAUUUGAUUUGAAAGGUUCGGGUGCUCUUGCUGUUGGGUUGGCUGUUGCCUGUGGCAUACUUUUUGGGUUUCCAUACACAGGGGCAAGUAUGAACCCAGCGCGUUCCUUUGGUACGGCAGCACUACAAGGCAACUUCACUGAUCACUGGAUCUACUGGCUGGCACCCAUCCUAGGUGGAAUCACCGCGGCCACAUUUUAUGAAUGGUUUUUCUCACAACGUAGGUCGCGACCACGCCCAAACCAUUAGACAGAUACUAGUAAUCAAGUUAUGAUGUAAAUGUAACGUAAAAAUAUUGAAUUCAAUAAUGAAUUUGAUAUCAUGAAAAGAAUUGCUGAUGAGUGAGAUUGUUUCUACUUGAAUCGCAGCUGUAUGUAAAAAUGUUAAAAACAGUGAAUACUUAUAAUGAAAAUAAUUAAUACAAUUAGCAAAUUGCUCCAUCGAGUGAAUAUUAUUAAUGUACUACUGUAUUUGAGGCUAUUGGAGUUGCACAACAUUCGACUGACAUAACUCGUCGAUAAUAAUCUCAAUUGUUAAUCAGGAUUAUUUCAAAUAAUAAAAUCCCGAAAAUAUUACUGUAU